AUGUCUGCCGUUCCUACAGACGUCGAGAAGGUGUCGAUCUUGGGCAAAAACUCUAUUCAUUGUGGUUUCCAUCUCAUUCCUUACAUCGUCCAUACCGUUCUCACUGAACUUCCGUCCUCCACUUACGUGCUCAUAACCGAUUCGAACAUCGCCAAGUUCCAUCUUUCACUAUUUCAAGACGAAUUCAAGGCUGGUCUUUCCGAAAAACUAUCACCACCACGCUUCUUCAGCCAUGUAAUCCCCCCAGGUGAAUUGACGAAGAGCCGUGAAGGCAAAGCGAGCAUCGAAGAUUUCCUACUUUCAAGCAAAUGUACAAGAGAUACGGUUAUCCUUGCUCUAGGUGGAGGUGUAGUUGGAGACCUAGUUGGAUUUGUGGCUGCAACAUUCAUGCGAGGAGUUCGCUUUUGCCAGAUUCCUACAACUUUACUGGCUAUGGUUGAUUCCAGCGUUGGUGGAAAGACGGCCAUCGACACACCUCACGGAAAGAAUCUGAUCGGGUCAUUCUGGCAGCCAGAGUUCAUCUUCAUUGAUGCUGCUUUCCUCGAGACUUUGCCUGCGAGGGAGUUUUCCAACGGCAUGGCUGAAGUAGUAAAGACCGCUGCGAUAUGGAAUGAGGCAGAGUUUUCAUCCUUAGAAUCUCGUUCGGCCGAGAUAUUUGCGGCUAUUCAGACUCCUUCCGUGAACAACGCAGGUCGAAUCAAAAAGACGCGCUCUGAGGCUCAGGAACUUCUACUCUCUGUAAUUAAGGGCUCUAUCGCCGUCAAAUCUCACAUCGUCACUAUCGAUCCUCAUGAAACAGGGCUCCGCAACCUCGUCAACUUUGGUCACUCUGUUGGCCAUGCCAUCGAAGCCGUCUUGACACCAACGAUCCUCCAUGGAGAAUGUGUCAGCAUCGGAAUGAUCCUCGAAGCAGAGAUUUCCCGUCAUAUGGGUAUUUUGAACCAGGUAGCUGUCGGUCGCCUUACCCGAUGCCUCCAAGGAUACAAUCUCCCGGUCUCCCUAUCCGAUCCCAGGAUUACAAAUGUUCCUGCUUCUAAGGAACUCACAAUCAACCGCCUUCUCGAUGUUAUGCGGAUCGACAAGAAGAACAAUGGUGCGGAGAAGAGGAUCGUCAUCCUUUCCAGAAUCGGCGCCACUCAUGACAAGAAAGCGACUGGUGUCCCAGACUCAAUUAUUACCAAUGUACUUGCAGAAGCGGUCACUGUCGUUCCCAGUAUUCCGUCCCAUGAUCCCGUUGUAAUGGUUACACCCGGUUCUAAGAGUAUUUCGAACCGAGCUCUCGUUCUAGCCGCUCUUGCUAAAGGAACUUGCAAGCUUCGGAAUCUGCUGCACUCCGACGAUACCCAGGUCAUGAUGGCAGCUUUGAACGACCUCAAGGGUGCUACGUUCGAAUGGGAGGAUGCGGGUGAAACUCUCGUUGUACAUGGAGGUGGAGGUUCACUUAGUGUUCCUCCGAAGGGGAAGGAACUCUAUCUUGGAAAUGCCGGAACCGCAGCGCGCUUCCUUACUACUGUUUGCACACUCGUACAGAAAUCCGCAAACGACACUGCUGAUCGAACGCUCAUCACCGGUAACGCUCGUAUGAAACAGCGCCCCAUUGGGCCACUCGUCACCGCUCUCAAGGGCAACGGAAGUGAAAUCGAUUAUCUCGAAGGUCAAGGUUGCCUCCCACUUUCCAUCGCUCCCGAUGGUCUGAAAGGCUCCACUAUCCAGCUUGCGGCGAGUGUUUCCAGUCAAUACGUCUCUUCUAUCCUCUUGUGCGCGCCUUAUGCGCAAGAGCCGAUCACCCUUGAGCUCAUCGGAGGGCAAGUGAUUUCCCAACCCUACAUCGACAUGACCAUCGCGAUGAUGAAGACGUUCGGGAUCGACGUCAUUCGAAGGACUGACAAAGAAACUGGGAAAUUACUGGACAUCUACGACAUACCAAAGGGUAUCUAUGUGAACCCUCCCCUGUACAAUAUCGAAUCCGAUGCUAGUAGUGCUACGUAUCCGCUUGCUAUCGCUGCCAUUACCGGUACGACCUGUACUAUCAAGAAUAUCGGUUCAGCUUCACUGCAAGGCGACGCCAGGUUUGCCAAAGAAGUGCUCGAAAGGAUGGGAUGUACGGUGUCGCAAACCCCUACGGACACCACGGUCAAAGGUCCUCCGAUUGGACAGUUGAAAUCAGUGGAAGAGAUUGACAUGGAGGUCAUGACAGACGCGUUCUUGACUGCGACUGCCUUGGGAGCUGUUGCCGGUGGAAAGACGAGAAUAAUUGGUAUCGCCAACCAGCGUGUUAAGGAGUGCAACCGUAUCCGCGCAAUGAUUGACCAACUGGCCAAAUUUGGCGUUGCGACAAACGAACUUGAUGACGGGCUAGAGGUUAUUGGCAGGCCCAUCAAUGAGCUCAAGCACAACGUUAGUAUCCAUUGCUACGACGAUCACCGCGUGGCAAUGGCCUUUAGUGUUCUCGCCUCUGUUGUUCCUGGGACAAUCCUUGAGGAGAAGAGAUGUGUAGCGAAGACGUGGCCUAACUGGUGGGACGAUCUCCAGAACAAGAUCGGAAUCCAAGUCCACGGCGUCGAGCUUUCGCACACUCACUCUUCUGCUUCCACAAAUUCUAAGCCGGGCUCGGAUACUUCGAUAAUCCUGAUCGGUAUGCGUGGUUCUGGCAAAUCAUUUAUCGGCGAGCGCGCUGCCACUUCCCUUGGAUGGACUUUCGUCGACGCUGACACCCAUUUCGAGAAAAAGCAUCAGACUGGUGUACGGGAAUUCGUUCAUAAAAUGGGCUGGGAUGCGUUCCGCGAGGCGGAGACCACAAUACUCAAAGAACUUUUAGCAGCUCAUCCUACUCGACACGUGCUUAGCCUCGGGGGUGGUAUCGUCGAAUCCACUGCUGCUCGAGACUUGCUGAAGGAGUAUGCCACCAAGAAAGGACCCGUUGUGUACAACGUACGGAACCUAGACGAGAUCGUGUCCUACUUGGGCGAAGAAGCUACUCGACCCGCUUACGGCGAGCCCAUCGAAGAGGUCUUCGAUCGGCGCGUGCCUUAUUACAGAGAAUGCAGUAGUCAUCGUUUCAUCAAUCACGUCGAGGCAUUUUGCGAUGGCGAAGUCCACAAGCGACAUGUAACCCAUGAAGUUGGACGAUUUUUCGGACACAUCACUGGUUUAACUCCAAGUUCGGCAUCGAACGUUGCUCUAGGCAACCGUUCCUAUUUCCUUUCCCUAACCUUCCCUGAUAUAACCCCGGCUUUAUCCCAAAUAGAAGAGAUCUCUGUGGGUGUCGAUGCGCUGGAGCUGCGUGUAGAUCUUCUCCGUUCGCCGAAAGGAACCGAGGUUUCGGGGCAUCACAUACCUGACUCCUGCUAUGUCGCUGACCAAGUUGCUGCUAUUAGACGAGUUUCACCUCUUCCUAUUGUUUAUACUGUCAGAACUGUCUCGCAAGGUGGUUCAUUCCCAGACGAUGCACAUGCCGAAGCCACCGAUAUCUUGAAGCUGGGUCUUGCGCUUGGCGUCGAAUACCUUGACGUCGAGAUUUCUCUUCCGGAGAAGACGAUAAAGGAGCUAGUCUCGCGAAAGGGAGCCUCCCAGAUAAUAGCAUCCUGGCAUGACUGGAGUGGAAAGAUGUCGUGGACAGGUCUUGAAGUUCAGGCCAAGUACAACCAAGCUGACUCUUUCGGCGACAUCGUUAAAAUCAUCGGAAAGGCGAACACCAUACAGGAUAACUUUGACCUCCAAGCAUUUGCCGCGAAGAUGAAUAGCAGAUCCAGUGCCAAGCCAUUCCUUGCAAUCAACAUGGGCAGCGAAGGCCAGUUGUCUCGUGUGCUUAACAAAACCUUCACCCCCGUCACGCAUCCACUCUUGCCCAGUCGAGCUGCUCCCGGACAGCUCUCUUUCGUGGAGGUUCAACAAGCACUUCACCUUUUGGGCCAACUUCCAUCGAAGAAAUUUUUUCUCUUCGGUAACCCGAUCUCACACUCAAUGUCCCCGACCUUGCACAACACUGGAUUUCAGGCAUUAGGUCUUCCGCAUCGGUAUAAGUUAUUGCAGACAGAGACUGUUGGUGAGGAAAUAAAGCAAGUAAUCGCGUCUUCUGACUUUGGUGGUGCCUCGGUAACAAUCCCGUUCAAAUUGGACAUCAUCCCAUUGCUUGACGAGAUUUCACCUGCCGCAAAAUCGAUGGGUGCUGUAAACACUAUCAUCCCCAAGACUUCCCCAGAUGGGUCACGAAGACUGUUGGGUGACAACACCGAUUGGCUGGGCAUCCGUGGCUCCAUCUCUACCCGCGUCACCAACGUCGACACUGCUCUAGUGAUAGGAAGUGGAGGGACUGCAAGGGCUGCUAUUUACGCGUUGCAUGAUCUUGGUGCGAAGACGGUUUAUGUGUUCAAUCGCACUCGCGAAAAAGCGUUGGCACUCCAGAAAGAGUUCGCACACGUCAAUGUCCUGGUCCUCGAUAAUUUGGGCCAGUGGCCAAAAGGAGGAUCUCCUCCUAGUGUCAUCGUGGCUGCUGUGCCGGCGACGGAGACUUCCAUUGAGGUCGAGGCCAACAAGUUGCAUCUACCUGCAUCUCUCUUUGCUUACCAGUCCGGGCCUGCGUGCGUGAUUGACAUGGCUUACAAGCCUAUCGAGACGCCGUUGCUCAAAUUGGCUGCGACCACCGCCUCGAAUUGGUCUAGAGCCCAAGGGGUGGAAGUUUUGUUGCAACAAGGCUACUAUCAAUUCCAGGCGUGGACAGGGCGACAUGCGCCAAGGGCAAUCGUUUCAAAAGCUGUUUGGGAAAAGUAUCUGGCAUGA